AUGAGGGCAAGUUCUGAGGCUUUUUUGGUUAGGGAUUCGAAGGAGGAAGAUCAGUGGGCAGCACGACUAGGAGCCUCAACAAGAAUGGCGAAGACAAAAACAGAAUGGCCGAGCACAAAUUGGGAAUCAAUGGGAAUAGCACCAGAGAUGGUGAAAUCUGGAAGCUAUUUUGGUCAGAGGAGUAUGGGUGAAGGAGAGUUCUAUGUGUUGGAAGCAAAUGAGUUGUUUCUUCAAAAUAGAUCUAUGAGCCAUGGAUCAAUGAUUCUCAAAUUAAAGCUAAUCUCCCAGUGCCUUCUUGAUGUAAGUCUGUUCUGUGGGAUUCUUUUGCCUUGGCCUUGUGAGCUUGGCUGUGAUUGGUGGAGCUUCUUUCAUGAGAGCAUGUUCCUUUUGGAAUUUGUUGCUCUCUGUUGCAACUUAGCUUCUUUGGAUGACCUAAGGAGUUUCGUAAUGGGUUUGUGGCCUCUAUGGUUGGGUUUUAUGCCCCUCAAUCCCAAUAAUUUCUUCUUUUGUUUGUUCGUUUCUCCUCUAGAAGGAUGGUUAACUUGUGCUCAUCUUUGCUUGCCUGGUUUUGUGAUUGUUUUGGUGUGCAGCUUCAAGUGCAUUAAGGGAGCGUGUUCUUGGAUAGAUUUUUCAUCGUCUCCCCUUCUUUCUCACGGUUUAUUCUCAGGUGCUACUAUAGGAGUGAACCAGAUCUGUUUGUUCUCGGCUGCUGCUAUAGGAGUGAUCCAGUUCAGUGUUUUCAAUGCACUCAUAAACACCAUAUUCUCAUCACCGGCCACAGUGGCUUUGAUCGUGACAGUGUUCCUUGACAACAUGCUCGAGGUUGAAAAGUCAAAGAAAGAUAGAGGAAUGACGUGGCGGGCAAAGUUCAGAAAGUUUAAAGGAGAUAGCAGAAAUGAAGAAUUCUAUACUUUGCCAUUCAAUCUCAACAGGUUCUUCCCACCUACUUGA